ACUUCCUCCUUCCCGCCUGGACCCUCUCUCCCUUCUGGUCUGGCCUGGCUUGAGCCCCGCGGGACCUCUUAACCACCCUGGACUCCUUCCCCAGGAUGACAGCGACCCUGGAGAGCCCCUUCCCUUCUGGGGACGACCUGGACUCCAGCCAGUUACAUAUGGAGCCGGAUGAGGUGGACACUCUGAGGGAGGGAGAGGACCCAGCUGACCGAAUGCAUCCCUUUCUGGCUAUCUACGACCUUCAGCCUCUGAAAGUACACCCUUUGGUGUUCGCCCCUGGGGUCCCUGUCAUAGCCCAGGUGGUGGGCACUGAAAGAUACACCAGUGGAUCCAAGAUAGGAACCUGCACUCUGUAUUCUGUCCGCUUGACUCAUGGUGACUUUACAUGGACAACCAAGAAGAAGUUCCGUCAUUUCCAAGAGUUGCAUCGGGACCUCCUGAGACACAAAGUCUUGAUGAGUCUUCUACCUCUGGCUCGCUUUGCUGUUGCCCAUUCUCCAGGCCGAGAGGCAGCCAACAGAGAGAUGCCCUCUCUACCCCGAGCAGGUCCUGAGGGCUCCACCAGACAUGCAGCCAGCAAACAGAAGUACCUGGAGAAUUACCUCAAUCAUCUCCUGACCAUGUCUUUCUAUCGCAACUACCAUGCUAUGACAGAGUUCCUGGAAGUCAGCCAGCUCUCUUUUAUCCCAGACCUGGGCUCCAAAGGACUGGAAGGGGUAAUCCGGAAGCGCUCCGGUGGUCACCAUGUUCCUGGCUUCACCUGUUGUGGCCGAGACCAAGUUUGCUACCGCUGGUCCAAGAGGUGGCUGGUGGUGAAAGACUCCUUCCUGUUGUACAUGCGCCUGGAGACUGGUGCCAUCUCAUUUGUUCAGCUCUUUGACCCUGGCUUCGAGGUGCAGGUGGGGAAAAGGAGAACAGAGGCACGGUAUGGGGUGCGGAUCGAUACCUCCCACAGGUCCUUGAUUCUCAAGUGCAGCAGCUACCGGCAGGCACGGUGGUGGGGCCAGGAGAUCACUGAGCUGGCACAGGGCCCAGGCAAAGACUUCCUACAGCUGCACCGGCAUGACAGCUAUGCCCCACCCAGGCCUGGGACCCUAGCCCGGUGGUUCGUGAAUGGGGCAGGUUACUUUGCUGCUGUAGCAGAUGCCAUCCUUCGAGCUCGAGAAGAGAUUUUCAUCACAGACUGGUGGUUGAGUCCUGAGAUUUACCUGAAGCGUCCAGCCCAUUCAGACGACUGGAGACUGGACAUUAUGCUCAAGAGGAAGGCGGAGGAGGGUGUCCGUGUGUCUGUACUGCUGUUUAAGGAAGUGGAAUUGGCCUUGGGCAUCAACAGUGGCUAUAGCAAGAGGAUGCUGAUGCUGUUGCACCCCAAUAUAAAGGUGAUGCGUCACCCAGACCAAGUGACACUGUGGGCUCAUCAUGAGAAACUUCUGGUAGUAGACCAAGUGGUGGCCUUCUUGGGGGGUCUGGACCUUGCCUAUGGCCGCUGGGAUGAUCUACACUAUCGACUCACUGACCUUGGAGACUCCUCUGAAUCAACCACCCUACAGCCUCCCACCCCAUGCCCAGACUCUGCAACCACCCCAGACCUCUCUCACAACCAAUUCUUCUGGCUGGGCAAGGACUACAGCAAUCUUAUCACCAAGGACUGGGUGCAGCUGGACCGGCCUUUUGAAGAUUUCAUUGACAGGGAGACCACACCACGGAUGCCAUGGCGGGACGUUGGAGUGGUCAUCCAUGGCUCAGCUGCCCGAGACCUCGCCCGGCACUUCAUCCAGCGCUGGAACUUCACCAAGACCACCAAGGCCAAGUACAAGAUACCCGUGUACCCCUACCUGUUGCCUAAGUCCACCAGCACCGCACACCAGCUCCCCUUCACACUCCCUGGGGGACAGUGCACCACUGUGCAGGUCUUGCGGUCUGUGGACCGCUGGUCAGCAGGAACUUUGGAGAACUCUAUCCUCAAUGCCUACCUGCACACCAUCAGGGAGAGCCAGCACUUCCUCUACAUUGAGAAUCAGUUCUUCAUUAGCUGCUCAGAUGGGCGUACGGUUCUGAACAAGGUGGGCGAUGAGAUUGUGGACAGAAUCCUGAAGGCCCACAAGCAGGGACAGUGUUUCAGAGUAUACGUGCUUUUGCCCUUGCUCCCUGGCUUCGAGGGUGACAUCUCCACAGGUGGAGGUAACUCCAUCCAGGCCAUUCUGCACUUCACUUACAGGACCCUGUGUCGUGGGGAGUAUUCAAUCCUGCAUCGCCUCAAAGCAGCCAUGGGGACAGCGUGGCGGGACUACAUGUCCAUCUGUGGGCUCCGCACACACGGAGAGCUGGGUGGGCACCCAGUCUCAGAACUCAUCUAUAUCCACAGCAAGCUGCUCAUUGCAGAUGACCGGACAGUCAUCAUUGGUUCUGCGAACAUCAAUGACCGGAGCUUGCUGGGGAAGAGAGACAGCGAACUGGCGGUGCUGAUUGAGGACACAGAGAUGGAGCCAUCCCUGAUGGAUGGGGCAGAAUAUCAGGCGGGCAGGUUUGCCUUGAGCUUGCGGAAGCACUGCUUCAGUGUGAUUCUCGGGGCAAAUGCCCGGCCAGACCUGGAUCUUCGAGACCCUAUCUGUGAUGACUUCUUCCAGUUGUGGCAAGAGACAGCAGAGAACAAUGCCAAUAUCUAUGAGCAGAUCUUCCGCUGUCUGCCGUCUAAUGCCACCCGUUCCCUGCGGACUCUCCGGGAAUAUGUGACCGUGGAACCUCUGGCCACAGUCAGUCCUUCCUUGGCCAGGUCUGAGCUCAACUUGGUCCAAGGCCACCUGGUUCACUUCCCUCUCAAGUUCUUGGAGGAUGAGUCUUUGCUGCCCCCGCUAGGGAGCAAGGAGGGGAUGAUACCCCUAGAAGUGUGGACAUAGCUGAGGCUUCAGACAGGGAGAGGUCACCAGCUGUGGAACUCUACCAUGUUUGGCUCUCUGUCCCUAAACCCUGAGGACUGAUGGUGGGUGCCCUUUGAGAUCUGAGGAAGCAGGCAUCCCUGGAGGGGACUAGAGAAAUCAUAGAGAACCUUUACUUGAAAAGUAGUCAAAGAGGCACUUCCAAACCUGGUCUGGGGAGGCAGAAGAGGGUCCCUUUGGGGUUCAUCCUCCUUGCCUCGGCGUUGAAACCACUGCUCCAGAGAAGCAUAAUUCCUACCAGACACCUGAAGUCAAGCUUCUUAUUCUAGGAGGAGGGGACUCUACCCUGGGCAUUCCCCAUCUCUCCUUCUUUUGCCCUUGGAUUCCCUCCCUACCCCAGGGUCUCUCUCAGCCCAUUGCUGCCAAGAUGGAGGGAAGGAUAGAACCACUUCUGGCUGCAGCCCCCACUGGGGUCAGGGAGGAAGGCACACUAACUCCCUCCACCAGCCUGCUGACAGACACUAACUUCGUAACAGUUCAAUAAGCAUUUCAUAAAUAAAAGUUUAGAAAAGGCA